AUGCUGGAGUUUUAUCCGCCGGUCGCAGUGGGUCCUUUGAAUCAUGCAGGGGAGUCGGGUCAACCAUUGCCCACAGGUCGAACACUGCCCUUUCCACCCACUGUGAAUAACAACAACCCUGACCUCUCGAUUUCGGUGAAGACCGAGUCGGGUCUUCUGGAGGUGAUCUGCGCGAGAUGCGGCCUCAGCAUCACCGGCAGAUACGUCAUGAGAGUGGCCGACAGAAAUUAUCACGAAGACUGUUUGUCCUGCACCGUGUGUGCCAUGCCCCUGUCCCACUCGUGCUUCAUCAGGGACCACAAGCUCUACUGUCGAGCCGACUACGAGAGGAUCUUCGGGGUGAAGUGCGCCCGUUGUAUGGAGAAGAUCAAUUGUUCGGAGCUGGUGAUCAGAGUGACUCGGCUGGUCUUCCACGUAGAUUGCUUCGUCUGCUACCUGUGUGGUCAGAAUCUGCCAAAAGGGGCACACUUCAUCCUGCGACAAGGCCAGCCGAUCUGCAGGAGAGACUUCGAGCACGAGCUCUUCUUGAACAGCCCUCAAGGCGACGAUCUCCUCGACGAGGCUCGACCCCGCGAUGGUCGUCGAGGUCCAAAGCGGCCAAGGACCAUCCUGACCUCGGCCCAGCGCAGACAAUUCAAGGCGUCCUUCGAGAUCUCCCCCAAACCCUGCAGGAAAGUUCGCGAGGCCCUCGCCAAGGAAACCGGGCUCAGCGUGAGAGUUGUGCAAGUCUGGUUUCAGAAUCAACGGGCGAAGAUGAAGAAACUCCAGCGCAAGUCAAAGGUGGAGCCGGUGAUCGAGAAGGAGCCCAAAGAGGAGAGAAGAGGCGAGAGUCCGCACAGCGAUCACAAUCAUUACGUGAACGCCAUGAACAUGCGCGAUGGGGAAUCUUCUAGCUUCCCCUCGGCCACCCAACCGCUCAACCCCAAUAACCCGUACUCGCCCGACGAUACGUACAUGGGCCACUCGGGGGAGAGCUUUUGCAGCAGCGACAUUUCCCUGGACGGGACAGAAGCCGGCUUCGACAUCGGCGAGAGCGAAAGUGCCGGGGCUGAUGGAAGUCAUCAGGGGAGUUCCCAUUCUCACCAUGGCACUGCCCAUGAACCGCCACCUCCGGCACACAACCCCAUCGACAAGCUCUUCAUGAUGCAGACCAGCUACUUCAGCGUCGACCUCGCGAACGUUUAA